CAAUCCAACGACAGCCAGAUACUCUACUAGGUAGUCUACUAGUAGAGCUAGAUGAUGGACCCCAAAGAAGAGUGGGUGUUAUUGGUUCCACCAAAGCUUGCCAAAUCUAGCUAUGCUACCCUGGUAGACUCGCAGUGUGUGUUUCGACCCUGGCAUUUGGAGGGAAGGUUUGGUUCGAGGACUCAUCGGCAUCCGCUACCGCCUCCAACCAACGAUGAUAAUGAUACUACUACUACUACUAAGAAACUCCUCUACAAGAUUGGAAUUCCCGUCUUAUCCAAGGACCAUGUGCUGCAACAGGCAAAUUCGCACUCGGAUCUAAAGCAACUGCUGCAAGAAGAUGACGUUGAGUUUGUAUGGAAAGCAUUCACGCCCUCCAAUCGAGCCGUUCGCGAUGCUCCCUAUUUUGAUGCCCGUAUUCACCCGGAACGAGCACCCUCAACGCCACUACCACAACAACAACCUCCCCACAGCUUUACGUACGUGGAUCUGUUUGCCGGAAUGGGCGGAUUUGCCGUGGCACUGGAUGCUCUGGGAGGUACUUGUGUCAUGGCAUCGGAAAUUGACGAGGCUUGUCAACGACUCUACCGUCGCAACUUUCCCACGGCUCCAUUGCUCGGAGAUAUCUAUCAAAUUGACAAGCUGCCAGCAAACACAAACAACACAAAAGUGGAUCUAUUGGUAGGUGGAUUUCCCUGCCAACCCUUUAGUGCCUUGGGAGAACAACCCGGAAUUGAUUGCCCGAAAGCGGGAGGACUGUUUCUGGAAAUUGUCCGUCUGCUGAAGAUGAUCCAACCAAGGGCGUUUUUAUUGGAAAAUGUACCGGGACUGCUCGCCAUGAAAGACACGUUUGACCAAAUCAUACAGGCUCUCCAAGGAGCUGGUUAUUCGGUCCAAUAUGAUGUCUGCAAUGCUCGUGGAUUGACGGCAUCCUCGCGGAAACGACUCUUCAUUGUGGGAUUUUUGGUAUCUGAAACCAAUGCCACCACCAACACAGACAGCAACGAUAAUACUCCCCAAUCUUCAUUCGAAUUCCCAUACGUCCCUGAUCUGCAACUCAAAGCAUCGGAUGUGAUUGAUUUCACCAACCAAGAACUCUCCGACAUGGAAGCGGAGUUAUUGCCCAUUUCGGAUCAACAGCUGGAUCAAUUACAGCAUCAUUGCAAGAAAUGGCGUCCGGCACACAUGGCGUGGCCCAAUACAACCUGCAAUACACUCGUCUCGCAUUAUGGAAAUUCCAUUGCCCGCGGACAUUCCCAGCUGGUUCCCGCAUCGGCCGCCACCGCCAACGCCAACAAUCCACGCCGAUUUUCGCCGCGCGAAUGUAUCCGCCUCAUGGGGUUUCCCGCGAGCUACCAACUACCAUCCAAACCACCCCAAGAUAGUGUUCAAGGAGAUCGGGCAUUUCUCAAGGAACACUAUCGCAUGGCGGGGAAUGCCGUGUGUCCACCACUGAUUGCCGCGUUGGCAGGAGCCGUGCUGGCGCAUGGGUCGGCGCAACCGCAAUCAUGGGUCGACUAUGGCCGACAAGUAGCCGUGGAUCUGGCGUAUCAAGCGACACGAACCGGCAGGCCACAGGCGAAUGAUGGGAAGAAUGAUAAUGGGGGAGACGAACACAACAAGAGUGCCAAAAGACCGUUUGACGCUUUGGAAUAAUAAACGGCACUAACAAACGAACUCGCAGGGCGAGGAAGGGGAACUUCCUACUUUACUGGCACUGUAAUUUGGGAUUUACAACUGGCAAAUGCUACUAAAGUCGUUCACAAACGACCAACAACUCGCUACAUUAUUGCAAGACUGUCAUUCGAUUUGAUAUGAUUAUCAAAGCAAAAGCUUCUGGAUUCCGCCAUGCAUCUCAUCUGCCAAAUCGACGAGACUUGGGAUGCCAAAGUUGAAAAACAAGUGCGACAACCAAUGCGCCCCCAUCGAAAAUGGCAUCCAAUAACAGAUAUAAAUAUCCAGUCGCAGCGUUACGUAGGCUCCAAUCAUCCACAGGAUAUCCCAUCGAAAUAGUUGGCGCUUGGUGACGGCAAAACCAAUGGCGGAAAAAGCAUAGAUGAAGCAGGCAUGUUCCAACUCAUCAAACUUUAAGCGACCGAGAACUUGCAUACCGGGACCGACCAGUGAGACAAAUAAGGGAAGGUUGCCGCCCGAGAGGAUAAAGAAUGAACCCAUCAGAUACCCAUUCACGCCCAAAGCUAACCAAUGAUGAUCUCGAAGCAGAUGACCCACUGUUCCCGCUGCAAGUCCGAGACACAUGAAAAUAUGGUGCAGAGGUGGUUCAAAACCGUGUUUUUUGAAGAGAACAAUCGCCAGAAGGAUAACUCCAGCUCCAGCUACCACUGUAUCGAGGACAUUUGCUGCACCGCUUGUAUUGGAACAAAAGUCGCUGGAAGCAAUUCCAAGGAUUGCCGGCCGCUGGCCGCCGUCGAGUAGGGGUGUCAUGGGGUGCAAUAGCGACAAGAAAUCGUAGACAUGAUGAAUUAUUUUUGCUGCUUCGGUAAACAUCCUUGGGCUUUCGUUGGGGGCUGCUGUCAAGGUUGAUGGCUUGUUUUAUCGUCUUGUUCGAAUCUGUCUUGUAGUUCUAGCUUUUGUUGUAGUUUUUUCAACUUGAGUAUUGUGAGCUCAAUCCGAGCUUUGAACUGUUUCUCUGAUAGCUCGUUCAUCUUGCUAUCCGAACGACUUGCAUUCUCACAAGUAGCUGUGUAGCUAUGUCGGGACCGGUUGUCUGCCUGGGUUCGCUGCGUAAAGUCUGCUUGCAUGCAUUGCCUUUCCUUUUUGAGGGUUGAACCGUUCGAGGCGGUUCUCGGACGAUGGCCAUCAGAACGAAGGAGCUCGUUACUGCAUCGACAGGGUUUGGGUGCACACAGUAAUUCGACAGAGUUUGGGAGCACACAGUAAUUCAAUCAAUGGGGCUACCGUACCGGUGGCCUCACCACAAGUCACGGAGUCACGGUAGCGAAACCGGUACCGCCUGGCACCUGGUAGCGGUAG